CCCACACAUGCAGAAAAAAAGAAAACCCUGCUCUUAUACGUGUUCCCUAUUCACCACUCACAACCUGUUUUUUCUUUUAGUUUUCUCUGCCACCAUUUCUAUCUCUAGAUCGUCGCCUGCCAGUGAGCAAGAUCUUCUGUAGAUGACGACGAAGAGAAAAGAACCGGAUUCUUGGUGGUGGGCCGGCGGCGGUGGUGGUGGAGGAGGAGGAGAGGAAAGUAUGUUUGGUGGGGUGGUGGUGGAGAACCAGUUUCACCAGGGUGGCGUUACGGCGGCGGUCGGCGGCGGGUAUCAGAUUCAGACGGGGAAAAUGGUGGAGUCGUAUGAUACAGAUGUGUAUCAGGCUUCGUAUCCGAGGCCUCGGCUGCGCUGGACGCCGGAACUUCAUGAGCAGUUUGUUAAGGCUGUGAAUGAGCUUGGUGGAGCAAAUAAGGCAACACCUAAAGCAAUUUUAAAUUUGAUGGGAGUCGAGGGACUAACUCUCUACCACCUGAAAAGUCACUUACAGAAGUUCAGGCUUGGCAAGACAGCAAGAAGAUUGUGGAGAAGGGAAUUUGCACCGGCCGAUUACCGCCGCAGAAAAGAUGAGAGAGCGGCAGCAAUAGGCCUUGAAGGUCAGGGUAAUUCUUCAAGCUCAAGUCCAUUUGAUAUGAAUGGAAUCAAGGCACUGGGAUCUGACACAUACGGAAAUCUGCAUCUGGUUGAGAAGCCUCAUGCUGCAAAGAAGAAACAAGGAGUGGCAGAAACAAUUUCAGGUAUAAAAUUGAAGCAACAGGCAGGUACUUCAGCAACAGCUGCUGUCAAAUUGGAGGAAGGAGGCCUUGCUGCUGCUAGGCCUGCUCUGUUGCCGCUCUUUCCACCUAUUCCGGCAUGUGGGAUUGACUACCCUCCAGAGUGGUCUGAGUUUCUUGAGGGAGGAUGGAAAAAACCAGUGGCUUCUCGGCCUAUGGACAACACAUCGAUGGACGAUUACCUGAACUCCCUUGGCUACUCAUCUGAGUUUGCUUUAACUAAGAGUCCUGAAUCAGGGCGAGCUGGCAUGGGAUUUGGAAGCUUUUUUGAUGAUGUAGCAAGCUUCUCCAAGGUGGAAGACCAUGAUAUUGCAGUGGAUAGCGGUGCUGUGGCUGUGGAAGCUGGUGAGCUCUCUGCUGGAGUCGGGAGUGAUUUUGCCUAAAACGUUGAGUUUCUUGGUAGAAUGUUGGACUUGGAACCCUGACUCUUUAACUUGAUGUGGCCUUAAGUAUGUUUACUAGCCUAGUUUUCUUGCUUGUGUAGUCAUGUCUGGCUGAAUGCAGUUGCAUUCAGACUGCGACUAUUGUGACUGUUCACGUCUUCAAACAACUAUGCGAAGAUUCCUAACGAAGGGCGAUGGAGCUUAAAACAAAUCGUAAGAAUCCUAAGGAGCAAAAGCCUCUUAUGGCCUUCAUGUAUCGUUUCUUAGCAUCCUUAUCUUUCAUGCAAAUACUCAAACUGCAUUUCAACAAUA